GUCUUGGCAACUCAGAUCCGGUGUCUGCCUGCCUGCUUUCGAUAUUGGUUCUUCGUCGUCUGUUCAAAUAAAACACCUUUAAUAAAAAUUGCAAUAAUGGCCAAUAUAGCAGCAAAACGUAUCAAAAGAGAAUUCAAGGAGGUCAUGAAAAGUGAAGAGGUUGCCGGGGGCACGAUCAAAUUGGAGUUGAUCAACGAUAGCUGGACAGAGCUUCAGGGCGAGAUCGUCGGCCCGCCAGACACGCCGUACGAAGGCGGGACAUUCCUUCUGGAAAUCAAAGUGCCAGAGACAUACCCAUUUAAUCCUCCAAAGAUUCGCUUCAUGACAAAGAUCUGGCACCCCAAUGUUUCGUCUGUUACCGGCGCCAUAUGCUUAGAUAUACUUAAAGAUCAAUGGGCGGCCGCCCUUACACUGCGCACAGUGCUACUGUCCAUCCAAGCACUGCUGUCGGCCGCCGAGCCAAACGACCCACAGGACGCUGUGGUCGCCAAACAGUACAGGGAAGAUAUAGAGCUGUUCAAUCUCACUGCUCGACACUGGACCAAUGCCUACGCUGGCGGGCCCACAGCCAUCUGGGAAUUCAACCAAAAAGUCCAAGUAUUACUAGAUAUGGGCGUCGAGGAAGACCAAGCUAGAGUCGCACUUUCCACUUUUGAUUGGGAACUGGAGCGAGCGACGGAGCAUCUCUUUAGUUAGGAUGAUUAAUUCAAUAACUUGUAACAGCCAGCAUUCAUGCCAACAAUGCUAUCCAACUUACAUAAAGUCAGUGAAAACCUGAUGAAGUAUUUUACUUUAUCGCAUAAUUAUAUUUCUCAUAUUUCAUGUCCAAAUGUACUUACGGUGGCGUGUAUCAAUUUGUGAUCUCUUUGUCAUUUGCAUACAGAAAAUUACGUUCUUUAAAAACCCAUGAAAGAACGGGAUAGAUUUGGGGUGAUAAGCUGGGCUACAAUAAUAAUAAAUUACAAAAAAAAAAUCGUAAAAAAGAAAAAGAAAAGUAAUAGUUAGGUUUAAACCUCAAAAUUUGAAACAGAUGUGUUUCAUGUUUAGUAGUUGAGUUGUGCUCGACAGUACAUAAUUUUCACUGUGUGUUAAUCUGGUAUCUAGUCCAGUCAAAAUACACAAAAGUAAGUCGUAACGCAGCCAUAUUCGCAUAGAGUUGAAAAUUUGUAGAGACGUUAAAAACUUCAUUAAAUACGAAAUAUCAAAAAUCCCCAUCGAUCCCACUUAUGCGAAAAAAUUUACUUAAAUUCAAACAUGUAAAAUUAAGGUUACUCCGAUUUUUUUCGAAAACGGUCAGAUUUUUCGUAAAAAUAAAUUAGACAAAGUUGUAGAUCAUACAAUUCUCUACAAAAAUGGACUCACCAUUCGUGAGAUAUCGCGGUUUUAAUAAUUCGAGAAUUCAUAUUUUUCAUAAUAUGCACACAUUUCCGCACCAACUAUAUGGUGAACAGAAUCAACUUAACAAAACACCUGUUCACAAUAAAAUGCCCUAAGUUACAUUCGCAACUAGGAAACAAAAUAGCCUGUACACCAGAAAUUUCCAAAAGUCGUUAAACACGACUACUUCAAAAGUGUCUGUGCACUAGUUCCUAAAGUCGCUGUAUACUAUCAAUCCAAAUGUCGCUGAACAUCAUUAUAUCAAAAGUCACUUAACAGUAGUAAAGACAAAAUUAGGUUAACGGAAGUAUAUUUUCUAAUGUUCCCGUGUGUUAAUAUACUUUUGACGCUUAUGUUGUUCAAUACUUUUGGAUAUUUCGAUACUUACUUACAAAGCAAUUUUAUUUUAUUGUUAGUAAUCAUACUAAUCUAUAGUGUAAAAUAACUUAAACAUAACUCUAAUGAUCUACGAAGCGCUUAUUAUGACGGUACUUGUAAUUUACUUUGUGCGAAUCUCACAAAACCUACCUUUCUUUAAUUUUUAGUUUAUUAUUUCUAUUCACAUGACUUGGGAUAAUUUUAGUCUAGCUUAUUAUUGUCGUAGUCUGAAGUAAUUGACACUUUGUGUAAGUGCAUAUUUGUUUAUUUAUAUUAUUGAGAUAUAUCUAUCGAUAAAUAUACCAAUUAUGCCGUAUAAUGUGCAUAUUACUGAGCACGUUAAAAUGUUUCAGAAAAAAUGCAACUUUAAUUUUGAUAUAAUAUUUUACGUUUUAUUACUUACCGAAACUCCUAAUUUUGCAGAAAUUUCUGAUACAUUGCAAGAACGAUUAUGUGACGUUCAUGCUCCGUAAUAUGUACAUUAUACGGCAUAAUUGGUAUAUUUAUCGAUGGAUGUAUCUCAAUAAUAUGAAUAAACAAUUAUGCACUUACACAAAGUCUCAAUUACUUCAGACUACGACAAUCAUACGCUAGACUAAAAUUAUCACAAGUCAUGUGAAUAGAAAUAAUAAACUAAAAAUUAAAGAAAGUUAGUUUUUGUAGAUUCGCACAAAGUAAAUUACAAGUACCCUCACAUGAAUCGCUUCGUAGAUCAUUAGAGUUAUGUUUAUGUUAUUUAUAUUAUAGAUUUGUAUGAUUACUAACCAUAAAAUAAAAUGCUUUGUAAGUAAGUAUUGAAAUAGAUACUAACGUCUUAUUAAAUUAUUAAGGUCAAGCAAGCUCUGUCCCAAAAGUAGCUGAACAACAUAAGCGUCAAAAGUAUAUUAGCACAUAGUUAAGACAAAAUUUCUUAACCUAAUUUUGUCUUAACUGCUGUUUAGUGAAUAAUUAUGUUCAGCAACAUUUGCAUUGAUAGUGUACAGCGGCUUUAGGGAUACUGCUGCACAGAUACUUUUGAAAUAGUCGUCUCUAACGACUUUUGUAAAUUUCUGGUGUACAGGCCAUUCUGUUUCCUAGUUGCGAAAUUUGGGGCAUUUUAUUGCGAGUGUAAAUAGUGUGUGUAAAUAAAUGUUGAAAUAGAUACUAACGUGUUAACUUACAUUAUUAAGGUCAAGCAAGCUCUGUCCCAAAAGAAGCUGAACAACAUAGCGUCAAAAGUAUAUUAACACACGGCAACAUUAAAAAUAUACUUUGUUAACCUAAUUUUGUUCUUUACUGCUUUUUAGUGACUUUUGACGUAAUGAUGUUCAGCGACAUUUGGGUUGAUAGUAAACAGCGACUUUUGAAAUAGUCGUGCUUAAAAACUUUUGUAAAUUUCUAAGACACAUUCUAUUUUGCUUCCUAGUUGCGACUAUAGCUUAGGGCAUUUUAUUGCAAGUGUAAAUAGUGUGUGUAAAUAGAUAUUGAAAUAGAGAUUAUCGUGUCAACACUGUCAACAUACAUUAUUAAAGGUCAAGCAAGUUCUGUCUCAAAAGUAGCUGAACAACAUAAGCGUCAAAAGUAUAUUAACACACAGCAACAUUAAAAAUAUACUUUGUUAACCUAAUUUUUUUCUUUGAUGCUUUUUAGUGACUUUUGACAUAAUGAUGUUCAGCGACAUUUGGAUUGAUAGUAAACAGCGACUUUAGGAAUACUAGUGCACAGACACUUUUGAAAUAGUCGUGCUUAAAAAAAAUUGUAAAUUUCUGAGGCACAGACUAUUUUGUUUCCUAGUUGCGACUUUAGCUUAGGGCAUUUUAUUGCAAGUGUAAAUAGUGUGUGUAAAUAAAUGUUGAAAUAGAUACUAGCGUGUUAACUUACAUUAUUAGGGUCAAGCAAGCUCUGUCCCAAAAGUAGCUGAACAACAUAAACGUCAAAAGUAUAUUAACACACGGCAACAUUAAAAAUAUACUUUGUUAACCUAAUUUUAUUCUUUAAUACUUUUUAGUGACUUUGGUAUAAUGAUGUUCAGCGACAUUUGGAUUGAUAGUGUACAGUGACUUUAGGAAUACUAUUGCACAGGUACUUUUGAAAUAGUCGUAUCGUUGUUGUAAAUGUGUGGUGUAUAGGCUAUUUUGUUUCUUAUUUGCGACUGUAACUUAGGGCAUUUUAUUGUGAACGGUGUUUUGUUAAGUUGAUUCUGUUCAUCGAUUUAUGGUGCUGAUUGUAAAUGUGGUUUCCCCAGUAGGUGUACUCCAAGAUCUAUUGUAAUAAAGAUUGAUCAGAUUGUAGAUUCUAUUGAUUGAAAAAAAUGGCAAUAUUGCUAAUUAUCAAAGUAGAAGAGGCUUUUACGUGCUCAAUGUUAAAUUAGAUAAUUGUCUAAUUCUACUUUGAUAAUUUAAUAUUUCUGCGUCUUCAUUUUCUUCUUCUUGCAGUAUUUCUGUUCGCUGUUCUAAUAAAAGGGAAACAUCAAUUGUCUCUUCAUUAUAAUGUUUAAAUAUCAUUAUUAAAUGAUGCAACGGUUUACUCACGUGAAACUGAGUUCGACUCGCGACCCUGCCGCGUCAGCUCAUGAUUAAGGACGCCGGUUGGGUCCGAAACAAGUCGGGCAACCCCGAUAAAUAUGCGUUUGUAAACCGUUGCAUCCUUUAAUAAGGAAUCAUUCUCACGAUAGUUACUAUCAUCAUUAUUAUUAUCAUAAAUAUUUUCAUAUCAUGUGUUUGUUUCGAUAUUGGACCAUGUCUGACCCUGACAGUUGAUGCUUACCGGCGUACAAAAUAAUCCCACGUUUUGACAGCUACAAUUUUUACUACAAUCCGUCUUACGUUUACAAGAAAUAGUAUUAAACAGGCGGUAGUAGUUUGAAUUGGCUUCAAAUAAUUAUGUUUAUUUCCAACCGCAUCCUUCCAGGUCCAGCUGAUCGCUUAGCCACACUUGAACUUGAUAAUACAAGUGUUGAAAGGCACAAGCAAAUUUUUGAGGUGGACUGGUUGGGGUGGCUGUCCCGUUUUAUUGUUCCAUACAGAUUUUGUUAACCUCAAAUAUCUAUACUUGUUUAUGGAAUCCAUUUCGGGUUCCUUUUCUUAUUGCAAUGUUGAUUCCAAGUUCAAUAUGAGUCAAUCCGAUCAAACUUUCUUUAUUGCAGUAGAUCGUGAAGUACACCAACAGGAGAAACCACGUUAAAAAUACGCAAAAUGCAUUACCUCAUAGGUGGUACGGAAAUGUGUGCAUAUUAUUUAAAAUGUGAAUUUUCGAAUUAUUAAAACCGCGAUAUCUGACGAAUGGUGAGUCCAGUUUUGUAGAGAAUUCUAUGAUUGACAACUUUGCCUAAGUUAUUUUUACGAUAAAACUGACCGUUUUCGAGAAAAAUCGGAAAAGCCUUAAUUUUACAUGUUUGACCUUGAAUAAAAUUUUUCGCAGAAGUGGAAUCGAUGAGGAUUUUGACAUUUCGUUUUCAUGAUGUAUUUAACGUCUCUGCCAAUUUUUAGCUUAGUGCGAAUUAUAUUUUGACUCGACUAAUCGUGCUCCCCAGCACUCUGUAGACUAUACAACUGAAAUGUUUUUUCGAAAGCCUCACCACACUACCUCCCUCUACCGAAUUUUCUGCCUAUUUCAUUUUUGCCGGAGUGGUAUUAACACUAUACUGCAGGCUAUCAUUCGCAAAAUGUCCACUUCUCAAAAUGACUACAGGUAGCAAAAUGUCCCUUUCGCAAAGUGUCCCCUUUGUCAAACGGCAAGAUCCAGUAGGUGUACAAUACAGAGGGGUACUGUAUUAAUGUUUAUCACUAAAAUAUGGAUAAGUGCAUGCGCAUAAACUAAAAUAAAAAUAAUAGAAAUCCAAGUUUGUCAGAUUUAUUGUCAACCAAAACAUCAAUUACACACAAAUUAUACAAUCAACAAAUUAAACUUAAACAAUAAAAGCAAAAAAGUAAAUGUCUACGAAGUUUGUCAGAUUGAAUUUUGUUUUGAUUGUAUUAUAUUUUGUUUAUUAUAUAAUUUAGACAUCUUUUUUGUAUUUUUUAUUUGGGUUAAGUUUAAUUCGUAGAUUAUUUAAUUUAUGCUAAUUGAUGUUUUUAUUGAUCUUAAAUAUGACAAACUUGGAUUUAUAUAAUUUUUAUUUUAGUUUAUACGCAUGCACUUAUCCAUAUUUUAGUGAUAAACAUUAAUACAGUACCCCUCUGUAUUGUUCACCUGCUGGCACUUGCCGUUUGAGAAAGGGGACACUUUGCGAAAGGGACAUUUUACUACCUUAUAGUCAUUUUGAGAAGUGGACAUUUUGCGAAUGAGCCUAUCCUGGGCUAUGUCUUUCCUAUUGCUACCUAGUUAAGAAAUAAAGCGUGUAUUUUACAAAAAAAAUACCUAGUGUAUUUCGAUUUAUCCUCAAAUAAAUCGACGCUCGAAUACAAUAGACGUACAAGGCAAUUCCUUCAAAAUGCCACAAAGAAUCCUUCAAUUGAUGCUAGCCACUGUGCAGCAACUCCAAAUCCUUUAUAAUAUAUAUAUUUAUCCAACGCAUAUUGCGUGUUUGCUAAUAUUGAUUAGUCCUUAGGGUUAUUUGAAAAAUAAUGUACUUCAUCUUAGUUUAGAACCGCAGCAUUCUGUAGAAAAAAUAAACUGGCUUGAUGAAAGUCUAACUUACAUCAAGAUCUGAUUUGAACAAAUCUGAAUGUUUCCAGAGCUUACUUAUAUAAAGAAUUAGGUAUUACAUAUUUGAAAAAGGAUUUUUUACGGGUUUAUUUCAUGAAAUUAAGAACGAUUUAUUUACAAACCUAACUUAUACAUUAAAAAAAACGAUAAAAAAUCUAAAAUUAUGAUAAUUUUGUAACGUGACAAAUCGCGUACUAUUCCAAUUAAAAUCUUCCAAACCAUAUAUUUACAUAUUUAACAUAAACGAAACAAUAUAUUCUGUAAUUAAGUUAAAUGUCAUCACUUUUACAGAUCAUAUGUAUAAUUUUUUGAGCUCGCUGGAGUAGACACCAUACAGUUUGCAAAAUAUAUGUCCUAUCUACAUAACAUUGAGUCAGAUCAGACAUUUCACAAUCCGCAGUAUAAUCGACUUUCGAAUUUGGUCUUCAGUCUCGAUCAGUAAAAAUACCAUCACACGUAGCAUAGGUUUUAGAUAUAAUUAUUCAAUUUGUCAUUAAUGUGAUGUAAUUCUAUUGAUAACCAAUAUGAUUACUAUAUGAUAGUCGUAGUGAAUGUUAAGACAUUAGGGAGAACGCGAGUGACCGCUGACAAGCUGGGCUUGGAUCUGUUACUCAAUCACACAGUAUAGGACUGGCCUCUGCGAGUAUGUUGGCCAGUACUGUGUCUUCAAGCGCUUCCUUUUCGCAAACUGGUCCAUAUACCCUACUAGUAAUAAACAUAUCCAAAUGGUGGCUCAAAUACUCAGUGGGUAUCUUUAAUUUUGAUGGUAACUAGCUAGAUAAUUGUUGGUGACGCUGAUCUCAUCCCAAAAGAUGUCAUACAAUAACGAACUAGAUUUUUAUACGAACUGCAACCGCCCACAAGUAAUCCAAUCUAAAGGGCAACGUUCUUUUUGAAACCAUGGUUUAUACCCUACUUUCUUAAUGUUCACUUUUUUUUACAUUUAAUAUUCAUUUGUAGUUUUUACAUCUAGUUAGUUUUGUAUAGGCAGCUAGGUGGAGUGAAGCCCCUGGGUAAGGUUUUAAUGUUGUAACAACAAUACAUGUAAGAAAAUUCUAUG